GAGGGAUGAGAGAAGAAACAGUGAUCCAAAGAGACAUCAUACAUGUGAAUUCGCAAAGCUGCUCUGUUUGUUUGUCGUCGAGGGACAUUUGGACCUGCAGAGGCAGAUUGAACUGAAGACAGAGCGGCUUUAUUGUCCCUGAAUCCACAGACUCAGGCUCCAGCAGCCUCCCUCCACUCCAGUCAGGCCAGUGAAGUGCUACCUCCAACCCAGCAGAGAUGGCUCCCACGCUGGCCACGUCUUUCUCCCGCCGCUGGUGGAUGGCGGUGACUGCGGUCAUUGAGAAUUUGCUUUUCUCAGCUGUGCUGCUGGGCUGGGCAUCCCUGCUCAUCAUGCUCAAGUCUGAAGGCUUCUACUCCUACCUGUGCAAAGGACCUGGAAACAGCUCCAACCUCACCUUCUCCAACACGUCAACCUCUGAGCUGUCUGAAGCUGAGGAGUACCUCGAGAUGAAUGGCUGGCCCAUCUGCAAGGACCAGGACGAGAUGCUGAACCUUGCCUUCACUGUGGGCUCCUUCCUCUUGUCCGCCAUCACACUGCCCAUGGGCAUCGUCAUGGACAAAUACGGGCCGCGGAAGCUGCGACUUCUGGGCAGUGCCUGCUUUGGCUUCUCCUGCCUCCUCAUCGCCUAUGGAGCCAACGAUCCCAACAAUCUGUCCAUCCUGAUCUUCUUUGCUUUGGCGCUCAAUGGGUUUGGAGGCAUGUGCAUGACCUUCACCUCUCUGACGCUGCCCAACAUGUUUGGAGACCUGAGGUCGACCUUCAUUGCCCUGAUGAUUGGAUCCUACGCCUCCUCUGCUGUCACUUUCCCCGGCAUCAAGGUGAUUUAUGAUCUGGGUGUCGCCUUCAUCACCAUCCUGCUGGUUUGGGCUGGCUGCGCCUGCCUCGUCUUCCUCAACUGCUUCGUCAACUGGCCUCUGGAGCCCUUCCCUGGCCCAGAGGACAUGGACUUCACGGUGAAGAUCAAGUUCAGCUGGCUGGGCUUUGACCACAAGAUCACAGGGAAGCAGUUUUAUCGGCAGGUGACCACCGUGGGGCGGCGUCUCAGUGUUGGCAACUCCAUAAAGCAGCAACACCAGCCGCCCAAAGACCUGGCUUCACAGGAGGCCAACAAGCUGUGCCUGUCCACCGUUGACCUGGAGGUGAAGUGCAAGGCCAAGGAGGAGACUCAGUCCUUCAUGAAGAGUAUCUUCAGUCCCAUUUUCCUGCUGAGUCUUGUCACCAUGUGUGUGACCCAACUGCGCCUCAUCUUCUAUAUGGGGGCCAUGAACACCAUCCUGGAGUCACUGACAAACAGAGACCUCAGUACAGUGAGUGUCUACGCGUCCAUCUUCGGCGUGCUCCAGCUUUUGUGUCUGAUCACCUCUCCUGUGAUUGGCUACGUCAUGGACUGGAAACUCAAAGACUGCGAGGAUGAGAACGAAAAGUGCACCAAAAGAGAGCCCGGUCAGCCCCGUCGCCCUGACAAAACAAUUCAGAAGAUCAUCAAUGCCACUAGAGCCUUCAUCUUCACCAACCUCCUCCUGGUUGGCUUUGGAAUAACCUGCCUCAUCCCCAGCCUGCCCCUUCAGAUUCUAUCCUUCAUCCUGCACACUAUUGUCAGAGGUUUCAUCCACUCUGCAGUCGGAGGCCUCUAUGCUGCUGUGUACCCAUCCUCCCAGUUUGGCAGCCUGACGGGCAUGCAGUCUCUGAUCAGUGCUCUGUUCGCCCUGCUCCAGCAGCCUCUCUUCAUGGCCAUGAUGGGACCCCUGGACAAAGACCCUCUAUGGGUGAAUGUGGGCCUGUUGGUGCUGAGCAUGCUAGGAUUUUGCCUGCCCUUGUACCUGCUGUGCCACAGCCGCCACCUCCAGCGCCUCAGAGACGAGCAGGACGAGGAUCCCAAGAUUUACGUCAAGAUCAACAAUGGCAGCAAGCCCGAGGCCUUUGUCUAGACAACGAGGAAGAGUUCUCAAAAACUGAAGAGGACAAGCCAAACUAAAGAGAGAGAGAAGAAGAGCGGGGAAGGGAUAAAUUCAUUCACCCUGUCUUCCCUGUUGCUGCGGCGCCUCUCUCAGUUCGUCUGCACUCACAGAUGACUCACAAAUCCCUUACAUUCCCCACACACACAUUUUCACACACCAUUAUACAGUACUGCCAAUCAUAUUUGGUCAAACAUGACUGCACAGUGCACAUCACUGUGACACCCAGUUUCAUCUUCCUUGUUGCUAUACACUGUGAGAAACCUGGCACACACACACAUCUUUUCUAGCCACUUGGAGGCUGAACUGGGGAGAAAAUAGACUAAUGGGAGAAAGAAGCAGUGACAGACUCAUUAUAACUCCCCAAAUGACUCCUCUUCACAUCUUUUCCUCACUCUUGCCAAUUUUGAUUUAUGUGCCGUUAUGUCUUUCACUGUUGGUCGACUGGUUCAACCUCUGUCUGUCUGUCCUCCCACUUAAAAAAAAAUGUAAAAGAAGAAGAUGCCAGCCAAUGGAAAGCCACAGUGAGGAGAUAUCAGAGUGACAGUAUUGUGCUUUUGAGCCACCUCACGUAAAAACUGGUGCGUUAUGAACAUGAACAUGCCAGUAACCAUCAUGACCUUUGCUUUCCGACUGGUCCAGGUUUGUCUGUGGUUCUCUGAUGCAUGAUUCGCCCAGUAAAUCUUUCUCAGACAGCGCAGUUUUUAACGGAGCUGCCUGUCGUCUGUUUAAUUUGAGGAAGUCCUAAAGUGGCACCCUAAGUCAUGGCAUCUCUGCUCCCUCCUGUGCUCGAGGGCAUUAAGAUGAAUAAGGCUCUACAGACACCAGUAUUGGUAGCAGCUCAGUGGAUCAAAAUACACAGUUUGAGUGAUAUGAUGGCUUUAAAGUUGGUCAAGAAAACACUGCAGUGAGAAACUGGUUUUUAGCAUUAGAUAAACUACACUGCAUGCCAGAGACACUGCUGGUUUUAUGUUAUAUAACUUUUUCACUAGUGCAGGAAGACACACUCAACUUGCCAUGUCGGUCCUUUCAUGUGUUUGUAUCACUGGACUGUAUCACAUUUUGAAUAUUUGUUGUUUUUCUCCAAUGUAUUUACUUGCAAUAUGAUUGCAGAUGUGUUGUUAAAAUCUUUGUUCCUUAUAUAUGAUGGGACAAUGUGGAGAAAGAAAUGUGUUUAGAGUAGGUAGACGGGACAAAGAUGACGUAAUGUGUUUGUAAAGGUUGGAGUGGUGUAGAGGUUAUUCUACCUGCUACACACAUGAAAUUGAAAGUCUUGAUUCAUUGUAGCAAUAAGUGCUUCUGUGAGGUGCUGGGCAACAUGUAGACAUACAAUCACACACUGAGGCAAAAGUGUUUAUUUUAUGGACUGUAUUUCUAAAUCAAAAAAAGGUGCUAAUUGAAUCACAGAAAUGUGUUUGCAUUUUGCUUUAGGGGGGAAUUGAGGUCACUUUACCACAAAGGCAACAAUUUGCCAUCAAAUUUCAAGAGCUAAACAAACGUUGUAAUUUUUGACACAGAGGAUUCCAAAGAACCAAUCGAGUUUACUAAUGUUUAUCACUACUCUGGUCUUGGUUUCCAAUCAGUUUUGUGGUAAUUCUGCACUGUAACACAAAGUGCAACCACAGCAGCAGCUCUGGGAAACUUGAACUCACCUCUUACAGACACAAAGGGAGACUUAACACACUUGAAGGCUAGCAAGCUGAUAAAGACACAUCACUCCAGCUUCUCAUAAAAACUGGAAUGUGAUGAGACUCAAUGCAGCCAAUAGAGUCUUUGUCUGUGAGAGAAAAGCCCAGAACAGAAGCACGGGGCAUGUGGAGAAGGAGAUAGAUAGAUAAUAAUCACUUGUUGGAUUCAGUCUACUGACUUCAAAUGCCAUACGGUGAAGCUCCUCAGAUAUUUUCUGCCUGGCAGUAACUCACAGAGGCACUUCCAAAGACAGCCAUGAUCCUCAGAGUGCCUCUCUAUGUGUACAGAUGAUGGGAGGAGUUGAUCUAGGCAGGAUGUGGCACACCCAGGCCCUCUCUCCCUUCAUCUAUCUAUCCAUCCAUCCAUUGCUUUCAUCCGCUCAUUCAUCCGCAAAUAUGUCUUGAAAUGAUCACCAGUGACAGGCUACAGAGCUGAGAGACAAGUGUCUGCUGCCAUCAGAUGCUCCCAAUGAAUGACUAAGUGAGAAGUGAAUGGCACAUGAUGCACUUUAGACCUCUAAAAUGGACCUCAGUUGUGUAUUUCUGAAUAGCCUGCCCCCACUGUAUCGUACACACAGUGCAUGGCUGCUUACUAGUGGUGCAUGAUGCAAAGAAUGUAUACUCCGAGCUUCAGAUGUAGAUUUGUAAUUCAGAACAUGGGAACGGAAAGAUGCUGUUAUUUUUUUAUAUUCACAGAAAAGAAACUAUUGCUUCACAUGUUCAUUAUAUCGCCUUUUAUGUGCAUGGACAGUGUGGCAGACGCUUGUCUCUCAGUUCAGCAUGGACAUAACCAAUCAGAGCUGUAUUCUGUAUUCAUCCUUAUUAAACUGCAUGAGUUUGUUACCUAUAAAGGUGCAAAGACAAAUGUAUGGAGUGAAAUGAGUGCCGUAAUUAUUUAAACGUGUUAUGUGAGAGUGACAUGUGUGAGCUUUAGUGAAGUGGAAAAACAAAUUGUUCACUUGUAUUUAAAAGUUUUUGCAUAAGCAAAAUACGUUCACAAACAAAUUGAAUGUUGUUAAUGCAAGCCUGGUGGACAGUUGUGUAGAAAAAUGAAAUCAUGCAGAACAAAGUAAUGAAUUUUCGCACAAUAUCUAUCACCAGUACGUUUUUUGAAUAUGUCAAUAUCCCGACCAAGGUCAAUGAACAAAAAGUGGAUCCUUUUCAAUAACCUUACUGUGCAGGAAUUCAUUACAUUCUUUUGCAUUUUUAUGCACUAAUUUAUGUUUUUUGCCCAGACCCUCAUUUCUAGAGAGAAGUGAUGAAAGACGAAUCAGAUUUUUUAAAAUUCAUCAAUUUUCAUUUGUUCUUUGUAGAUACAAACCUACAUUUGAUGAAAAAAGGAGGAAAAGUGUGUCCCUAAACACCAAUUUUGUACUUCAGAUACAAUAUUGUAGAUUUGUGCUCUGAAACAUACAAAUGUGAAUUUAUUUGCUGUGAACAAAUCUUCAAUUAGUGUACUUUUUUUUUCAUGUCACAAAACCGUAUCCACGGGUGUCAAUCUUAAAACACAUGUAAGAAAUUACGGCAUUAAUUUGAUUCCAUAGAGUGUGUCUAUUAGCAAACUGGUGUGACCUGUAACUGACGUCCAUGUGGCUUGGCAUGCUGUUAAGAUGAGAGAUAAAGGGCAGGUACAGAUAUAGUCUGAUGCAGUACUUUCCUCCAGCGCUAUGAAUGUGGGUGAUGAUGGACGUUGAUUUUUCAUUUGCCUGGAAACCCUUCUUGAGAUAAGUGAUGAGUUACCAGGUAAAAACUUCAUUCCCUCAAAAUAGGGAAACUAUCAGCACUUUCCUUCACUGCCGUACCUUAAACGACUCACUCUGUCCUUGACACCAUCACCUUCCCGGUCUGAUAUGAUUCACCCCAACCUCCCUAGGAUAACGUUUCUGCAGUAGUUUGGUUUAUUGAUUGAUGUAUUGAUGAAUUGUUUAUCAUCUGAAGAUGAAUCCUAGUGUCCACUUUUGCUCACGGGUGUUUUUAUGGCUGCUUGUGAUGAUAGGAAACGGGGAUUUCAGCUGGAACACCGACGCCUUGUUUCCCUCCCCUUAGCAUGAACCUUUUGUGUAUUUUUCUACCUACCAUAGUUUUGUUGUCUUUUAUUUAGCUUUUUUUUUCUUCUGAUGUUUACAAAGAUUUGUAUUUUCAUGUUCUUAUAUUGUAUAUUUGGUUUUCUCUUGUCUUGUACCACAGUAUAGCCAUUGUCAUUGACGUUUCAAGUCAUGUUUCAACUGAAAGACAAAACGACAGAUCAAUAUAUGAAGCAAAAUAAAGACAAUAAUUUGUAUAAA